GAACUGUGCCACCCCAACCUCACUUCCUUUUUUCUCUUCUUUAAAUACUUCAUCCGCUCUUGCUCUUCAUUCAUUCGUUCAUUCCUUUCUUCCUCUCUUCAUUGGGUUGAAAUGGGAAACAACUCUAAUAUGGUUAUGCUGGGUUCGGUUCUGUCAACCCUGUUGUUUUCUCUGGUUUCCUCUGCCGCCGGUGGUGAGGGGCUGCAUAGGAUUGGGCUCAAAAAGUUCAAUAAGCUGGAUGGCCAUGACCGCUUGGCUGCACGCCUUGGCUUCACAGAUGUUGAGUCCAUGAGGUCCACCAUUAAGAAGAUGAUACUCCAAUACUACCUUGGAGCUCCCGGGGACGCCGAUAUUGUUGCGUUGAAGAAUUACUUGGAUGCUCAAUACUAUGGUGAAAUAAGCAUUGGUACCCCUCCCCAGAAGUUCACUGUUAUUUUUGAUACUGGUAGCUCUAAUAUGUGGGUUCCAUCAUCUAAAUGUUACUUCUCGGUUGCUUGCUACCUACAUAACAAGUAUAAGUCUAGCGAAUCAAGUACAUAUAAGGAAAAUGGGACUUCUGCUGCUAUUCAAUAUGGUACUGGAUCAAUUUCUGGAUUCUUUAGCUAUGAUGAUGUCAAAGUUGGUGUCAUAACUGUAAAGAACCAGGAAUUCAUUGAAGCAACUAAAGAGCCUGGAGUUACAUUUGUAGCAGCUAAGUUUGAUGGUUUGGUUGGACUUGGAUUCCAAGAGAUAGCAGUUGGAAAAGCUGUUCCACUGUGGUACAAUAUGAUUGAGCAGGGUCUUGUUAAGGAUCCAGUAUUUUCAUUUUGGCUCAAUCGUAAUCCAAAUGACGCUCAGGGUGGCGAGAUUGUGUUUGGUGGUGUUGAUCCUUCUCACUUUAAAGGUGAACAUACAUAUGUGCCAGUGACAAAAAAGGGAUAUUGGCAGUUUGACAUGGGAGAUGUUCUUAUUGGUAGCAAACCCACUGGAUAUUGUGCAAAGGGCUGCUCAGCAAUUGCAGACUCGGGGACUUCUUUGUUGGCUGGUCCAACGGCUAUAAUCACACAAAUAAAUCAAGCAAUUGGAGGAUCUGGAGUUGUAAGCCAACAAUGCAAAUCUGUCGUUGAACACUACGGACAAACAAUAUUGAACUUACUCUUGGUUGAAGCAAAUCCAAGGAAGAUAUGCUCUCAAAUUGGACUAUGCACCUUUGAUGGAAGUCAUGGUGUUAGUAUGGGGAUCGAGAGCGUGGUCGACAGGAAAGAAAGAGAAUUGUCUGGUGGAUACGGGGAUGCUACUUGUUCUGCAUGUGAGAUGGCUGUUGUUUGGAUGCAGAACCAACUGAGUCAGAAUCAGACACAAGAUAAGAUCAUAGACUAUGUCAAUCAGCUUUGUGAGAAAUUGCCUAGCCCAAUGGGCCAAUCAUCUGUUGACUGUGAAAAGAUCUCUUCAAUGCCUGUUGUCUCCUUCACUAUUGGUGGAAAAACUUUUGACCUUUCCCCACAGGAUUACAUACUCAAGGUGGGUGAAGGUCCUCAAGCCCAAUGCAUCAGUGGCUUUACUGCUUUGGAUGUUCCUCCUCCACGUGGUCCUCUCUGGAUCCUUGGAGAUGUCUUCAUGGGACGCUAUCACACAGUCUUUGAUUAUGGAAAAAGUAGAGUUGGGUUUGCCCAUGCUGCGUAGAGAAUCUUCUUGUGUAUGUAUUGCAUAAUGGAAAUUCAUUGGAGGCCAUUAUCGCUAGUAUCUUCUUUUUCGUAAUGAACCUAGAU